UAAAUGGAAUUCGCCGAAGACUUUUUAAAUAUUUUAUAUCUUUUAAAACUUGAACAAUUAGUUAAAAGAAGGAAUUUAAUUAGGUCUGCGUUAAAAAGUGAAUUAAUUAGAAAAAGUGAAAGUUUAGAAAAUAUUGAAUCGAGUGAAAUUGAGAGAAAUAAUAAGAGGAAAGCAAUAUUCAAGAAAAGUGAUUUAUUGCCAAGUAAUACGCAAAGUUAUAUUAAUCAAUCUAUUGCAAAUAAUGGAAAUGUUAAAUUUAUACAACCUAAUUCAAGGAAUAAAAGCGAGAUGUGUGACCUUUGCGGAGUUAUAAUUCGGCGAUCUAAUAUGGAAUUUCAUAUGAAUACUCAUUUCAAUCGAAAACCAUUCAUUUGUGACUUCAAGAAUUGUAAACAAUCUUUUUCAGCUCCUUCAACCCUCUUUCGUCAUAGAAAACUUCAUACAAAUAUUAAAAAAUUUUCAUGUGACAUAUGUUUUGCUAAAUUCCAUUUCAAUGGAAAUCUCCAAAAGCAUAAAAUAACGCAUUUGGAACCAAAAUUUGAGUGUACAAUUUGCGGCCAUAUGUUUAAAAGUUCAAUUCGUCUUAGAUAUCAUACGAACACUCAUAAGGAGUCUGAAAAUAUAUGUUGUACAAUUCCAUCAUGUAAUAGAAAAUUUAAAAACUCAUACUCUGUCAGAGAGCAUUUAAGAAGAUUUCAUAAUAUAAGAGUAAAAGAAAGAGUGACACGAGCAAACAUAGGUCAAGAAAAACCAUAAACUAAAAUAUGUUUUAAUUUUAACAUUUUAUUAAAAUAAACUAAAUGUGUUUAUAUUAAAAAAAAAUUUAUAUAAAAAUAUUUUAUAAUUUUCUAAAAUUUAAAAAUAAGA